ACUACUCCAGUACGGCUGCUCCACCCUCCUCCGGCUUUCCCCAUGGCCGCCGGCGACCACCUGCGGCCGGGUUCCUACCUCGGCGACGUCUCCGCGCUCUCCUUCCUCCCCUCCUGCCCCCGCCCCGUCCUCCUCGCCGGCACCGGAUCGGAGCUGCUCGUCUACGACGUGGACGCCGCGAGGCUUGCGGCCUCCUUCCAAGUGUUCUACGGCGUGCGCGUGCACGGCAUCCAGCCCCGCGGCGCCCCGAGCUGCCCGGACGGCUCGUCUCCUGUCGAUGUCACCAUGGCAGUGUUCGGUGAGAGGAGGGUGAAGGUUUUCAGGCUCCGCGUCGACGUGGAGGAUGGGGAAGCUUGCAGCGUGCGGUUGGAGCUGGAGCAGAGGCUCCCGGGAUUUGAUCACUGGGUGCUGGACGCCUGCUUCCUGGAGGCUGAUGGGCUACUCGCGAUCGGUUUGAGUGACAAUUCCGUGGCAUUAUGGGAUUUGAGCAAGCGUUUGUUUCUUACCCGAGUGAAAUCACCAGAGAAGUGCCUUCUGUAUUCGAUGAGAAUGUGGGGAGACUCUGUUAAAUCUCUUCUCGUGGCUUCUGGAACGAUUUUAAAUGAGAUUCUUAUUUGGAAGUUGGUAUCCCAAACCCUGGAAAAAUCCCUGUUAAGCUCAUACAAAAGGAACACUCAUGGUGUAGAGGAUUACGAGAAUAUGCAUUUUAGUGAUAAGAAAUAUAUAGCAAUGCAUCUUGGAAGGCUGAAGGAACAUGAAGGUUCAAUAUUUAGAAUAGCUUGGUCCUCUGAUGGAUCAAAGUUUAUGUCUGUUUCCGAUGAUCGUAGUGCUCGCAUCUGGAUGUUGAAUUCUCAGUCACAAAACUUUGUCAAUAAGGCGGCUGGACAAGAUGAUAUUCAGAUUAUACCAAAACUCACAAUCUUUGGGCAUAGUGCUAGAAUAUGGGAUUGCUAUGUAUCAGAUUCUAUAGUUAUUACAGCUGGUGAGGAUUGUUCUUGUUGCAUCUGGGCUAUGGAUGGAAAGCUAAUCAAGAAGUUCCGGGAACACAUUGGCCGAGGAAUAUGGCGGUGUUUAUAUGAUCCAAGUACACUACUACUUGUCACUGCUGGGUUUGACUCAGCUAUCAAAGUGCACCAUCUAUGGAACUCAUCUUUUCAUGACAAAGUAGAAGACAAGGUGGACUCAGACAAUGCCAAUCAUGAUUCUGAGUUCUUUUCAAUAUCAUCCCCUACAGUGUCAGGACAUCAUGGUCCCCUGGAUAGCAAAAGUGAGUAUGUACGGUGCCUACACUUUGUAGAAGAAAAUGAUCUCUAUAUUGCCACAAACAAUGGAUAUCUGCAUCAUGCGGAGUUCUCUAAUUCCAAAGAUGUAAUAUGGACUGAGGUUAUUCAGAUUGCUGAUAUGGCACCAAUUAUUUGCAUGGAUGCUAUGGUAAUGCAUUCAGACACUUCACCGAAUAGGGAAGAUAUCAUUGCCCUUGGAGAUGGACGUGGAAAUGUUACUGUUGUCUAUUUAACUGUCAGUGAUCUUGGACCUAAAAUAGAUUUAUCUUUUACCUGGUUAGCAGAAAAAGAUAGACAACUACUAGGAGUAUACUGGUGCAAGUCACUUGAAUGUAGACACAUUUUCACAGCCGAUCCUAGAGGUGUGCUUAAGCUAUGGGACAUAAGGAAUGCCCUUUUUUCAGACACCCUUGAUGCUACAUCUCAGAAGGUUCCCCUUAUCGCUGUGUUCGAAUCUUCCUUUGGGGCAAGAAUCAUGUGCUUAGAUGUAUCUCCUCAGGAUGAGAUCCUUAUAGCCGGUGAUAAGAAGGGUAACAUCACUGCCUUUCCUUUCCCUAAAGUACUGGUAGCACAUGAGAGCAAUGGGAUACAACAGAAUGUGCCUUCAUGUGAUCGUUUUAAAGGAGCCCAUGGCAUUUCUAGUGUCACAAGUGUUCAUAUAAUUACCUCAACUUCUGAUCAUCUUGAAAUUCACACUACAGGGGGAGAUGGUUGCAUUUGUUUGUUCAAGUGUCACAGAAAUGUGCAAAAGAUUGAAUUUUUUGGAAUGAGACAAGUAAAAGAGCUGGGCACUGUUCAGUCCGUCUUUUCUCAUCAUGCCUCAGAAAAUCAAUUGCUUAGCACCUAUGCUAUAGGCUUCACUUCUGCAGAUUUUAUCAUUUGGGACCUAGAAAAUGAAACAAAGAUGCUUCAAAUAUCAUGUGGAGGAUGGCGGCGUCCUUAUUCGUAUUAUCUUGGCACGGUCCCUGAGUAUCAGAAUUGUUUUGCCUUUCUUAAGGAUCAUAAUAUUCACAUUCGUAGGCACUGGACACCAACACAAGACAAGAAACUGCUUCCUCAAGUUCUCCAUAUGCAGUUCCAUGGAAGAGAAGUGCAUUCUUUGUGCUUCAUAGAUCUAGCAGGCUAUUCAAAUCCUGAGAAGAGCUCAAAUCUGUAUAUUGCAACAGGAUGCGAAGAUGGAACCGUACGACUUACAGGGACCACAAUUAAUAGUGCUGGAAGAUGGUGUUCCUCCAAGUUGCUGGGGGAGCAUGUUGGCGGGUCAGCUGUGAGGGCGACAUGCUUUGUGCAGAAGGCCUACACAUUGUUAGAUAAAUCGUGUAACACCAUACCUAAGGGCGAUUCUGAUGACAUUUUAAUCAAAAACAAGGACAACAUUGGCUUAUUAAUAUCUGUUGGAUCAAAGCAAGUCCUGACUACAUGGGUUUUACAACCUAAGGUUGCAGAAAAUAGACUUGUGUGUUCUAGUGUCUUAGAUGUAGACUCCAAGCAAAGCUCUGAAAGUACGGGGGAUGGUGAUCCUGCCAUGACGUUUCAGUGGCUUUCUACUCAUAUGCCUCCAAAGCUUACCAAUAGGUCGAAGAUUGGCCAUGUAAAACAAAAUAAUGAUGAAGGGGAUUACUCUGUGGUGCAACCCAACCAGGUUAUCAUGGACCAGCUGGAAAAUGACUGGCGUUAUCUUUCAGUUACAGCAUUUCUUUUGGAACAUCCUUCUACCAAAUUGACUGUGUGUUUUGUUGUUGUUGCUUGCUCUGACGCUACAAUUGUCCUCCGUGCUCUUCUUUUGCCUUCUAGGCUUUGGUUUGAUAUUGCUUUGUUGGCUCCUCAGGAAUCACCGGUUCUGGUCCUCAAGCAUAUUAUUGCUGCAGCUAGCGUCAACUGCAAAGAAAAUGCAUACAGUCGAGAUACAUACAUUGUUGUGAGCGGAUCUACAGAUGGUAGUGUUACUCUCUGGGACCUUACAGAUACUAUUCAUGGAUUUAUGCAACUACUAUCAGAGACUCAACCACACAUGGUCACUGAUUGCCAAAAGCGGCCCAGAACUGGAAGAGGAAGUCAAGGCGGUCGUCGCAGGUGGAGAACACUGCCAGAUCGUUCUUUGAAAAAGAUAAAUGAAGCGGCGUCUCUUCCUGAUAGGAGCAACCCGGAUACUCCAAGUGCCACUGAAAAUGCAUCUGAAACUUCUAGUGUGGAAGAAAUUGGUACCACAAACAACCAGAACUAUGUAUUCUCAAGCUCCCAAUCAUGUAAUUUACCUGUAGUGACACCACUGCAUAUAUUCUCUGGUGUUCACCAGUCAGGUGUUAACUGCCUCCAUGUCUCAGAGAUGAAGGAUUGCUCAUACUCAAUUCCUGGCAUGUCUUACUGUGUCUUAAGUGGUGGGGAUGAUCAAGCUGUUCAUUCUUUCUGUUUUACAUUAGGAUCUCUUCAGGAUUGCUCGAUAAAUACAAGUCUACACUCACCUGACAAUAGCACAGUUAAAGUUAUUUGUCAGCAAAGGGUUCCUUCUGCUCACAGUUCAGCAGUUAAAGGCAUCUGGACAGAUGGUUUAUGGGCUUUCUCUACUGGUCUUGAUCAAAGAAUAAGAUGUUGGAAGAUGGAACCAUCUGGUAGAUUCACCGAGUAUUCCCAUGUUAUCAUCAGUGUGCCUGAGCCAGAAACUCUGGAUGUUUUUCAUGAGCGUAGAGAGAAGAAAUACUGGAUUGCUGUUGCUGGAAGGGGAAUGCAAAUGGUUGAAUUCUUAUCAUCUGAAGAUGAUUAAGGAAGAUGUAUUUCAAGAUGGUCUAAUUUUCGGGAUGAAAUGUUGGUUCAUUUGGGGUGAAAUAGGAUGCCCUCCAGAGUACUGGAAUUUUAUCUGGACUUCUGCAACUUAGGCAAAACUUCAAAACACAGCAUGCCGGCCUGUACGUUGUUGUGGUUCGUGCUUGAACAACCUCACCAUGCUCAUCGCGCCGAUCGAGAAGAGUGGACUGUGCGAUGUUAAGCUACAGUGCUGUACUGAUAUCACUCAUGGUGGACAGUGACAAUGGCAAGUGGAACUGUCCAUCUGUCCGUCCAGGUUGAUGGGACCUUGUCACGUAGUGGAUUUUGCUGGCUGGACAACUAGGAAGUAUGCAACUGAUGACUAACGUGACAUGUUUGUUGGUAGGAGUGAUUCUGCGGUCUUUAACCAACCCAACCAUGAGCCCAUGAUGUUAACUGGUGAAAAGUAAUCAGAUUCAAGAGUGAUACUGUAAUCUUGAACCAACAAUGAGCCCACGAUGUUAACUUGUGAAAAGCGAUCAGAUUCAAAAAGAUCAUUUUUAGUAUUGUGAAGUCUCUAUUUUUACUGAUACUGUG